CAAAAUUAAAAUUAAAAAACUUGGAGCUUUGGAGGUUCGUGAUGUCUCAUUCUUCUUCAGUUGGCGUAAGUUCAAAAAUAGAUGUGUUCGGCAUUGGAGAACAUGAAAUUAAGGUUGUAAAAGUAGCAGAUGAUGCAACGACUCCAAAGUCGCUGCUCAUUUUUACACCAUUAGAAGCUGGAGAAUUCCCGGUACUGGUUUUACUCCAUGGUUUUUGUCUCUACAACUCCUUCUAUUCUCAGCUCAGCCAUCACAUCGCUUCCCAUGGCUUCAUCCUCGUUGUCCCCCAGCUUCGCGAACCAUGGAACAUGGAACAAUUACAUUUAUGCACAGGAUCAGAUGCAACUGAAGAAAUCGAGGACGUGGUUGCAAUAAGUAACUGGCUACCAGAAGGACUUCAAAAGUUCCUUCCAUCCGGAGUACACGCAGACCUAAAGAAGCUAGGACUCGCAGGCCACAACAAAGGAGGAAAAGAGGCUUUUGCUAUUGCUCUUAAUAAAUUCCACACGAAAUUGAAUUUAAAAUUUUCCGCCUUAAUUGGAAUCGAUCCAGUGGAUGGAACGGAGGUGGGUAAACAAACCCAACCAAAAAUCCUCACUUAUGUUCCACAUUCCUUUAAUCUUGGAAUGCCAGUAAUGGUUAUUGGUUCGGGCCUUGGUGAAAUAAAAAGAAACCCAUUGUUCCCGGCUUGUGCUCCAAAAGGGGUGAGCCACGAGGAGUUCUAUAAGGAGUGUCGUAAACCAGCUUGUUAUUUUGUUGUGAAAGAUUAUGGGCAUCUUGACGUGCUUGAUGAUGAGACUAAGGGAAUUGUAGGGAAGUUUGCUAAUUGUAUGUGUAAGAAUGGGAAAUCCAGGGAACCCAUGAGGAGGUUUGUUGGAGGGGCUGUGGUUGCUUUCUUGAAAGCUUAUUUUGAAGGAGAUUUUGGUUAUCUAAUGACAAUAAAAGAUGAGGCCAAUGGACUUGUGGUGCUUCAGAAAGUUGACUUUCAGCUAUGAAAGUUAUGGUCAAUUAAUAAAUACUCGACUUUUAAGUCUUGUAGCCAUUUUCAAU